AGAAGGCUUACGUCGAUAUUCAUUAAACACUAAAAUCUUGCUCAUCAAAAGAACUCAUCUUAGUAAAGCGCCCGACGUUAUAGCAGUGCAGGAACGAACAUUCAACUCGCUGAUGAGUGUCACAAACUUUCUGACAAUGCCAGGGAUCCCUGAAACUACGCCGAGCUCUGACCCGGCUGAGAUCAUGGCGCUGAUGUUCAACCCUGUGUCGCUGCAGACGGUUAUAUUCCCGCUGUUCAGCUACCUGCUCGGCAUCGGUGUGCUGCUCUACGACAUCAUCACCUUCUUCAUCGCUGUCUCCAACGGCACGCGCGAUCAGUACAAGCCUGUCGGCAGCAGGCUCGGCUUCGCAGCUCUUAACGGAGGAGGAGCUUCACCAUCGCUGCAGCAGCGCUCUGGCUCCAUGUCACCAGUGCCUCCUGAACCAUCUCUGGACUUGCUGAGCAACGUCCUGGCAGCUAUUUCUUCUCCGGGGCAAUUUGGUCCGAACAACGGGUGACGGUGUAAAAAACGUAUUAGUUCAAACUUAGAAGCCUAAUAUUUGUAUUACUUCUAAUAAAUAAACUAUG